GGGAGGAUGAGGAUUCAUAUGGGCUGAAGAUUAGUUGACCACUAUAAUGGAAAGGUCAUGGAUGCUUUGGACUUUCGUUGAAAGGUGGUUGCUAGCCCUAGCGUCGUGGUCCUGGGGUCUCUGCCGUAUUUCUCUCCUACCUCUGAUAGUAACGUUUCACUUAUACGGAGGCAUGAUAUUACCUCUGUUAAUAUUUUUAUCUAUAGCAGGUAUACUGUAUAAGUUCCAGGAUGUGCUGCUUUACUUCCCCGAGCAGCCCUCCUCGUCGCGACUCUAUGUCCCCAUGCCGACCGGCAUCCCGCAUGAAAACAUCUUCAUCAGAACCAAAGACGGUGUGCUGCUCAAUCUGAUCCUUCUUCGUUUCACGGGGGACAAUUCCACCUUUUCACCUACCGUCAUUUACUUUCACGGGAACGCGGGGAAUAUCGGUCACAGGCUGCCAAACGCUUUGCUGAUGCUGGUGAACCUGAAAAUAAACUUGCUGCUGGUUGACUAUCGCGGCUAUGGGAAAAGCGAAGGGGAAGCAAGCGAAAAGGGCAUCUACUUAGAUUCUGAGGCCGUGCUGGACUACGUGAUGACUAGAUCCGACCUUGAUAAGACAAAGAUUUUCCUCUUUGGCCGUUCCUUGGGAGGAGCUGUCGCCAUUCACUUGGCGUCUGAGAACUCUCACAGGAUUUCCGCCAUCAUGGUGGAGAACACGUUCCUCAGCAUCCCGCACAUGGCCAGCACUCUCUUUUCUUUCUUCCCCAUGAGAUACCUUCCUCUGUGGUGCUAUAAAAACAAGUUCCUGUCCUACCGAAAAAUCUCUCAGUGCAGGAUGCCUUCCCUUUUCAUCUCUGGGCUCUCCGACCAGCUGAUCCCUCCAGUUAUGAUGAAGCAGCUUUAUGAACUUUCCCCCGCCCGGACUAAAAGAUUGGCGAUAUUUCCCGAUGGUACUCACAAUGACACUUGGCAGUGCCAAGGCUAUUUCACGGCACUUGAACAGUUUAUCAAGGAAGUGAUGAAGAGUCACUCUCCCGAAGAAAUGACGAAAAUGGCAUCUAAUGUAACGAUAAUAUGA